AUGAAUGAUUUAGAGUUUGAAGAAUUUCAGAAUACAUGGAGUGACACCACUCCAGUAGAGGCAAAACAAGAUCCAGAUGGAAUCUUCGGAAUGCAAUAUUCUGAACAAUAUAAAUAUAUUAUGGGAAUUUUCCGUGCUGCAUUAAAUAAAAUGGAAUUAUCGCAGCGUGCACUUAAAUUAACAGAAAUAAUUGCUACGAAAAAUCCAUCCAAUAUCGCAGUUUGGUGGUAUCGUCAAGAAAUUUUGAAAGCUAUUGGUUAUUCCUGGGAAGAAGAAAUGGAUUUCCUCGAUCAGCUUACAGUUGAACAAGUUAAACCAUACCAAUUAUGGAAUCAUCGUAAAUUCCUCGAUGACCGUUGUGAAACAGUUCCAGAUGAGAAGAAAAGGCUUUUCAAACUUAUUGCAUGCGAUAACAAGAACUUCCAUGCCUAUAGUUUCUUUAUUUGGUUCAUUGAACGCUGGGGUGUUUAUGAUUAUUUUCUUGACUACACAAAGGAUUUACUACAUGUUGAUAAAUAUAAUAACAGUGCUCUCAGCUUCAGAUUCUGGAUUGUUCAACACAAAAAUCUAAAUACAGAAGAAGAAUUGAAAUAUGUUUUAGAGUUAAUGGCAAGAGAUUAUCAAAAUGAGAGUGCCGCAAACUACAUCCGUGGACUCAUGAAGCUCAAUCCUUCACUUGUCCCAACAAUCAAAGAAACUUUCGAUAAAAUCGUAGUUGAUCAUCAUUUCAAGGAAAUCUAUUCAUUACUUUAUACCAUUGCAUGUAUACAGAACGAUAAAGAGACACAAGACAAGUACUGUGAUCUUUUGAUUGAAUUGGAUACUUACAAGGCUCAAUACUGGACAUUAGUGAAAAAUCAUGCUGUAAAGAACAUGUGA